AUGGCGACGGCGACCGCGCGCGCGUCGACGCCGCGCGCCGCCGCCGCGCCGCCUUCGCCGCGCGCCCUCUCUCGCCGCCGGCGCGCGCGCGCCCCGCGGCGCGCGGUCCCCGCGCGCGCGCGCGUCGCGACGACCGAUGAAGACGCGAGCGCGAGUCGUCGUCCCUGCGCCACCCUGCGCGACGCGCGCGCGACGUCCGCGCCGCUGGCUGAUGCCCUCGGCGACGGCCCGGACGCCGUCCCGGACGGCCCCGCCGUCUUCGCGCUGCUACUGCGCGGCGACAGCGGCGACGGCGACGACGACGUCGCGUACGUCGGGGCGUCGAAGCGCGCGAGGGAAGCGAUCGCCGCCGCGGCGAGAUCGCUCGCGUGCUCGUCGUCGGAGCUCCGCGUCGCGCGCGCGUCGCUGCCGAAAGCGUCGAGGAAGCCCGCGCUCCGAGCCGCCGCGGCGGCGUGGAUCGCGGAGCUCGGGCGCGUCCCGUCCGGGAACGCCGCGGAGGACGAAGCCGAAGCCGGCGGCGCGGGAGGAGGAGGAGGAGUAGAAGAGGGCGCAAGAGAGCGGCCGACGCGACGCGGAAGGAAGGCGACGAUGGCGGACGUCGCGCGCGUCGUGAUCUCCGCGGACGCGACGAAAGCGCUGUGCGAGGACGGGUUCGUCGUCCUCGACGACGUCCUCCCGCUCGAGUUCUUCGCCGCGGCGCGAAAGGCGUGCGAGGCGCUCAAGGCGGACGGGAAGAUGGAGGCGCUGGGGCAGGACGGACGCGACGACCUCGUCGGCGUGCUCGACGCCGCGGCGUUGCCGCGGGGGGGGAGCGCGUACGGGGGGGUCACUCCGCUGGCGGAGCUCCUGCUCGCGAUCCCGGACGCGCUCAGGGCGAGGGCUGGCGGGAGCGGGGGAGAAGACGAUAAAGAAAACGGUCGAUUUAAGGGCGUUACGAAGAAGAAGACGACCGCCGCGGAGGAGACGCGCGCGAGACUGAAGACGGCGACGCCGCCGCCGCGUCUGAUGCUCGCCAACUACCCGGGCUCCGGCGCGCGGUACGUCUCGCAUCUCGACAACGACCCGAACGACCCGGGGCACCUCGAGGGCGAGAUUGGCUCGCGCGCGUGCGACCGCGCGGUCACCGCGAUCGUGUACAUGAACGACGGGUGGGAGGAGUCGCGCGGCGGGUGCCUUCGGAUCGUGCGGCGGAGCGAAAACGGCGGCGGCGCAAGCGGCGCGGUAGACGUCGCCCCGAGCGAAGGCCGACUCGUCUUGUUCGACUGCCGGCGCGUCCCGCACGAGGUAUUGCCCGCGCAUCACACGCGGUGGGCGAUGACCGCGUGGAUCAACGACUGA